GCUUGCAAAGGACGACUUUAGCCGGCUUUCGCGCGAUUUCGGUUCAUUAGAAUAGAGCACUAUUGGAGUAGUGCUUCAGGGCUGAUGGGAGGAAAGUGAUUUUCCUUGUUUGGUACAAGUUUCAAGUGUUAUUAUUGCUGGUGGUUCAAAGAGUGCCAAUGUUGGAUGUAAUCAAUUUGCAAUUAGUGGUUAGUCGUAAGCAUAUGGUUCGCAAAGUUUGAGGCAAUUUGGAUUAGUGCAGGAUUUCAAGAAGUGAAUUGCAUAUUUACAACCGUGGCUGCUUUUUUUAAUGUACAUUAAUUCCAAGUAGUCUUAGUAUUAUGGGCAAGAAUUUAAGAGAAAAAAAUAUGAAAGUGCAUUGAAAUAUUAAAAAAGUAAAGUGUACUACAAAAUAUAUGCUAUCUUGGCUCUAAAGUGAAUUUGAAGUGUUUUGCUUUUCAUACUUUCUGGAUAAAGCGGGUAUAAAAGAAAGUUCCACAUUUCCCAAACUUUUCCAAAGUUUCUACAAAGUCUUUACCUGGAAAAAUAGUGUUCCCCCUGCAGGUGCAUCUAUAGGAGUGCGUGCUAUUACUAUUCAAGUGCAUUUUUAGAGUGGUUUAACAAAAGUUUUUAGUUUCGUAUUUUCAUAUGUUGUGUACGUUGCUGUGUCCCUCUGGAUGCUCCGGACAUGUAGUAAAAGACAACUAAAACUAUCCCAAAGGCCUUAUCCACGUUCAUACCCAAGACAUGAGCUUAUGAUGAACUAGUUACAACUGGACUUCGAUAGGUCUUGAACUUUUUGAAUGGCUUACAGUCGCGUAAUAGUGAAGCUGCAAGAUGGAUAAGGAUAGUCACAAUUGGUCGAAUUGGUACAACAUCUCGAAGGUGGUGAAACGGUACAUCCAUCCAUUGUUACGACAUCGCCAUGAAUGAAACGGUGUGUGAUAAUUUAAUAGAAUCGGUAAAAUGGACAGAACCAGGACGUCUCGUAUCACUAGCGAUUCUCGAGUUUAUCAAUAUUUUAGUGAUAGUGGGAAAUUGUUUAGUGAUAGCAGCCGUUUUCUGUUCAAACAAAUUGCGUAGUGUUACGAAUUAUUUCAUUGUUAAUUUGGCUGUGGCUGAUCUACUAGUUGGCCUCGCUGUGCUUCCAUUCUCUGCAACAUGGGAAGUUUAUAAGGUUUGGAUCUUCGGAGACGUGUGGUGUCGUGUAUGGUUAGCCGUCGACGUGUGGAUGUGUACCGCAUCGAUCCUAAAUUUAUGCGCUAUUUCGUUGGAUCGAUAUGUGGCUGUCACCAGACCGGUCACAUAUCCCAGCAUCAUGUCAACUAAAAAGGCCAAAUCACUGAUUGCUGGUAUUUGGGUCUUAUCCUUCGUAAUAUGUUUCCCACCAUUGGUCGGAUGGAAGGAUCAGAAGCCAGAUUCGAAUGACGUGUAUUAUAGUCGUGGAAACUUGACAUUAUUUUUUGCAACAUCAGAAGCGCCAAUUUUGUUACCGACACCGGAGCCAUGUCCAUGGAAAUGUGAGUUGACAAAUGAUCGGGGAUACGUCCUUUAUUCGGCACUCGGAUCCUUUUAUAUUCCCAUGUUUGUUAUGCUAUUCUUCUAUUGGCGCAUCUACAGAGCAGCUGUCAGGACGACUCGUGCCAUUAAUCAAGGAUUCAAGACUACCAAGGGAUCCAAAGGCAUCGGUAAUCGUUUCGAUGAGCAGCGUCUAACACUACGAAUUCAUCGUGGACGUGGCUCAUCUAACCAGCAUGACUCGCUACACAGCAACGGUAGCACCCAUAGCACGACAACAACCCUAGGAACCCCAUCGCCUGAGCGUCUUUCACGCUUCGCGACACGGAAACAUGAGAAAAUUAAAAUUUCCGUUUCGUAUCCCUCAUCCGAGAAUGUUCAUGAUUUGUCACAAUCAAAUGCUGCUACCAAUGUCCUUUAUUCCGUUCACUACACCUCGCCAAAUGGGAAGGAGACAACUUCGUCACAGUUGUUUCGACACUCGCACAAGGACGGUUAUUUACAGGUCGGCGGCAAGGGCGAUUCUAGUAAAUCAGGCAAUUCGCCAAGACCUAGCAAGAAAAUGGGAAAGAGGAACAUAAAAGCGCAGGUUAAGAGGUUUCGAAUGGAAACGAAAGCCGCCAAAACACUUGCAAUUAUUGUUGGACUUUUCAUCCUUUGUUGGCUGCCGUUCUUCACAAUGUAUGUGGUUCGCGGCUUUUGCGAGGAAUGCAUCGACCCGUUACUGUUUUCCAUUCUGUUCUGGCUGGGCUACUGCAAUUCAGCCGUGAACCCGAUGAUAUAUGCACUAUUUUCAAAGGACUUCCGAUUUGCGUUCAAGCGAGUUAUUUGCAGAUGUUUCUGUUCGAAUCAACGCCUGUCACAGAAAACAUCGAGACGAGGGUCUGACAUGUCGCAAAUUCGACAUGCAGGGGUGCGCACCCCGAGUAUAUCCCCAAGUGCGGCGGCCCACUCUUUAGGCGAGGAAAGUGAUCAUCUGGGUGAGAUGUCAGACUCGAGAUGACGUUCGUUCGGGCCCAGCAUUAGUUCCUCGUCUAGUCCAGGGCCCCGGAAGUCAAGUUUGAAGCAACCCGUCUACGAAAUAUGCCAUCCGCUGGUUAUGGAAUCUACGGCGUACUUAUAUACGGACUGCACAAGUAAUAGUAGUAGGAAGGCUAGCAAUAAUUCGUUGAUUCUGACAGAUAAACUUUAGUGGUCACUUUUGAUGUAUAAUCGGAGGCUGGCAAGGAAGCUCAGAAAUGGGGUAAAACCGAACUUGCUUUCAAUAUGCAAUUCAAAUUGAAAUGGUUUCAGAUCUUUCCUACUCCGAAGUACCACUCAUGCAUUUUUUUCAAAUACCGUAUAAUUAAGAAUUCCGUAAUAUUUCGAAUAUUUCAAUGGAAUCCUUGCUUGAGCUUCUAUGCUACUCUCCUCAUACUGAAACUGACUAAAUUCUGUUAUCUGUAAUGGUUACUGUAUCUAUUUUUGUUACUUUCAUAAACAUUUUGUAAAUUCCUUCACAGCUAUUUUGUAAGAAAGGAGUCAAAAGUCAAAAAUACCUGAUAAUAUUUGUAAAUAUUUUGCGUAUUGGACCAUCGAUAGGGGCAAUAGCAAAUAAUAAGUGGGUAAGCGCUAAUCGCUUGUUAGAUAAAUAAAAUAUUAAAAUUAGAUAUGUGGAAAUAUAUGCGAGUUGUCGUAUUGCUGUGUUUGAAGUUUAGUUAAGGACUUUUUUUUUAUAAUUUUCGUCUAAAUAAAAGAAGAAAUUAGGAAAAAUUUGAAUUUCUAUAAUUUCAGAAAAAAAUGUAUCUUCCUUUCACAAAAUUAUGUAUAUGCUGAUAUACAGAAUGAUGGAAACUUCGACUUGUUCCUUGGGAAAGGUAUAUUUGAGGUAAAUUUGCUACAAAUUAAGUUAUGUCAACCUAGAAUCAAAGGUGGAUUAUUUCUAAGCUAUGGCCGAUUCAUAAUGUUUAUUUUUGUAACUGUUCGCACUCUCACCACUGACAAAUAAUUUAAAUAAGCGUCAGGGAAGGGAACCAUUAUGCCCUGUUUAUGGUAAAAGUAGUACGCAACUGAAACAUGCAAUAAGGUAUGUACUACUUCUAAAGAUUUCAAUCUUACGUUUGGUAUUAAGUACCCUCUCAGAUGGAUUAUCCAAACGUUACCCCGGAAAAUGUAAGGAAGCUGGAUCGCUCAACCUACAGUUUCUGAUGAUAGUGUCAGAUAAUUCUGGCUUCUCCAAUUGGUAUUUUGGACUGCAGUCCCCUAUGUUUAUUUCUACUAUGGUGGUGAGAUUUAAGAACCGCUUUGGUUCAUAUUUCGCAAUGAUCACUAUAGACUGUUCCAUUGCGAGCAAAUUUCACUCAAAGGUUCCUUAUCCCGUUUGCACAGAAGGGUUCUCGCCAAACUUUCCUCCUUCAGGAGCUACCUCACUGUUUGCUAAACCAAAAUGCUCUGAUCCUGAGUAUCUAACCCUAUUGCAUGAGCUAGUCAUAUAUAGUCCUCCCAUACCAGUCUAGAGAUUAUCUGGUUGCAACUAAGUAUCUCAACAGACUGUCAGUUACGAUCACAAUGUUCUUCCACUUGGUUACCUGUCAAGGUUAAAGUAGGCAUACAUGCUUAAAUUGGUUCGAAGGAUGCUUUCCUUCGACCAAUGACCCCGUGGCCGCACCCUCUGCUGUGAGAGAUAUGUCAGUUGCUGAUUGAUCUAAGUCCGCCCUGUUCAUCAUCGUUUAUCAAUAAUUCAACACACUGACUAGAGAGAAUAUUAAUAUUAUUUCGACAUAGGUGUUGCUACUGAUACCCCAAUCUCAGAAGAAACUCCACAGAUGUCGUAGAGUAUAUUCUCAUCACCCCAGUGGUACACAGACAGGCCAGUCUUUAAAGUUUAUAAAUUUCCCUGGCUGUUGUGUUGCUUUCGGUUUUACAUGCCCAGAUAACCGUCGUAUAGGUCAUUGGCCGCACCACUGCAGUAUUUUCCAACGUAGUAUUCCUCCCCUCCCCGUAGUGCUCCUGUGAACCAGUAAAUCAUUUAUGCAUAUUCUUGUAGCUCUCCUACAUAUCUUUCCGCCGUGUGUCUUCUAAUUACUAAAUAUUUGAUGUCUCCUUCCUGUUUAACUUUAUUCUCUUGAAAUUAAUUGGCUCCCAAGUGAACAUUCUUGCGAUUCAUAGUGACUGGCGGUCUUGGCUGGGUUAAUACUCAGCCCUCAGCAAUUAACAGUAAUUCAUAAUCUCAAUUUUAUCACAUACCUUUUCAUAUUAAUACAAUGUCACUAGCCGAAUUCUUCUAUUUCAGUAUUAGUUAUCUCUUCUGAGAAGGCAUGAUGAUGUAUGGAUAUAAUUGAUAAAAACCUUAGUUCUGAUGCACGAGUAUUGUUUGAGGACUUUUUCCACUAUUUCACUGUUUUAUUUCAAAAUAAAGAUCCGUUUUUCCCCAUAUAUCGUGCCACUAUCACAAGGGGGCCUUUAUACUAAUGCUGGGGGAUACUAUUCGCUCCGAGUGAUUUGAUUGAUUUAAAAGUUCCUACUAUCCAUUUUGGUUUAACUUCCGAGCCGCAUAGGCAGAUUUGCAUGAUUUACACUGCCAAAAACAUUUUUUUGUUUUGAAAAGUUUUGUGUUUUGUGUCUUCUGUCUGAUCCCCUGUCGUCUAUUUUUUUAUAAUUAGAGGUAAAAAUCUUGGAAAUAUACUGUCACAUCAGGUUGCAGCAGCGUGUAGGUUUCUCGCUUACCGCGCGCUACGCUUUUCCAGCUCCGAAAUAACACACUGAAUCUUUUCGAUUAAAAAGUUCACAGUAAACUAGUUUACUCCGAUUUCAGCGUUUUCCUGACGAUAUUGUGAUGGCUUCUCCAGGCUCAUUCUCUCUGAGCAAAAUCGUGGAACAUGACAUGCUCCGGGGCCUCUAGUGUACAAUUGCGUUUAAGGCAAAAAGAAAAAUCGUACAGCCUGAAUCGCGGCAGAUACUUUCUGUAACCGCGGUGCCCUAGCAGAAAUUGGGACAGGUGGUAGUUAAUCUCACCGUGUCGUCGCUGAAUCCACUCCUAAAUACGGGGAAUCAGACUGUGGACCUAGCCGCUACUUGGCAAUCCAAUUCACUGUUGCUCCCACUUUGCCACACUUCGGUAUUCUGCAUUCUUUUCAGGAAGAUACAUUCUCGCACAGACCUCACUUGCUACAAUUACCAUCGGGACCAUUCCCGAAAUAACCAGUUUCUGGAAGCAUUCUCGCUUCAUGGUGCGUAGCUUAAGCCUACCUCAAAGAUUCGCAUAUACUUUCAAUUUCUCGCCGAUGUUUGGUGUCCCUCUAGAUCGUUGAGAGAUUCCUCUUGUUCGAAAGCAUGCAUUCCGUAAUUCUGCGGUUUCUCCGUUCCAUCGAUAAGAAUUUGACCGCUUAUUUACCAAUAUUCGGCGGCUCGGCAUGUAGCAUCGCAUGCUCGCAUAAUGUAUAUCAUCAUUUGUACCACGUUUUUGAAGUCUUACCAUCGGGAUUUUGACCUCCCUAUAGCAUAUAUAUUAAUGCAUCGUCUUUAAACGGUUUUGCAGAUCAUCCCCGAUUUCCAAACUAUAUGGGACGCACAUGGUCACGUCGCCGAUCGCUGACAAACCAAACCGUUCUCCACGCCAAAGCUGUAUAUGUCAAAUAAACUAUUGAGCCCGACCCUGUUUUUCGAAAAGUGGAUAUAGUCCCCGGUUUGUAAGCACCAAGUCUAACUCCGCAAAAGACUCGCGUGUUCUUUUCGCUGCACACCAGUUAGUCAACUUCAGCCGGAGUGUCGUCUGAUGGGAAGUAGCUCGAUCCAGAAACUCUGAAACGCAUAUGUAUUUUGACGUGGUUUUGAAAAAUUAUGAAGACUGCACGUUUCCCCGCCAACCACGAAUCUUUCUUCGUUACACUCAGCAUUGUUAAGGCAGCAUUAUACCUCUCAAUUACUUCACAUUCAGUUAUUGCAUGAUCGAGGUUUUCCUUGAAAAUCUUAGUACUAACCACCGGCAGGGGAUCAUCCUCCUCCUUCUGCGACAUGGCAUUUGGUGUCACUUGAAUGCGAUAAAUUAAAGAUCCUUCAAGCUAGCAGUAUGUAAGUUUCGCGCCUUCGGCAUCGGUACUAUGCUCUCUUUUUGACGAUAGCUCCUGACGCAAAGGGUAUAUGGAAUGGUUUGAAGUCGUUCGUCCUCUUCGACAUCGGAUGUAGUGUCGUGCCAGAAAUUUUGAUUCCAAGACAGAACUCAGCUCCUACAGCGUUUUUAAUAGAGAAAAUUGACAGAUUCGUGGAGGCAACCUGCAAGUCAUUUUCGCAAUCAGCGCUAAAAGGUAGGUCUAGCGUUGGUUGGCAUGAAUCCAAAUAUUUUCAAAGACUAAUUUAGUCUUCGCAAUUGGCCAGAUCUUUCUAUAAUUUUAUUCGAUUUCGCAUUUUCGAAGAAUUGUACAUCCUAAGAGACGAUGAUGGAGAUAUGGAUAUAAUAUACCUUACAAUUUAUCAAGUAGCCAAGGAACAUGUCAUACAUGGCCAUUGAACCGAAUUCUCUUCGUCAGUCAGCAGAAAAGCACCUGGAGACUCUGGUUGGCGGUUUUAGCGACUGGCAGCAGGUGUUUAUUAAGGUUUUGUGUGAAGUAAAACCUUACUGUGUUUACUGUUUGUCUGUGUACGCUCCUCAGCGACUAGAACACUGGGUUCUCAUACGAAAGGUCGCGGUUCAAAUCUCACUCGUACCAGUCGACUCAGCUGUGAAUGGGUACCUGAGUUAAAUCAGGGUAAUAAUCUUGGGCGACCGCAAUGCUGACCACAUUGCCUUCUACAGUGUACUGUUGUGCACCGUUACGGACUUGAAUGAAGUACUCCAACAUGCUACAAGGCCUUCAUACCAACGAUAGUUAUUACCGUCUCUCUUUCUGUCAUACGCAUUUUCCUCGAAAACGGUAGUAGCGAUUAAUGUCAAAUUUGCUGGAAAGAUGAAAACUAUGAGCGCUCAUGCAUACAGUGAGUUACAUCAAUCUACGUCGAAUUUAAGGAAUGUCUCCAUACAUGCACAAGAGGGUGCACAUUUUUUGUCGCCAAAUAUAGUCAUGCGAGGUCCACUUAGAAACUAUGCCUUGUGCCAGAAAAGUGUUCCGUCUUUGUGUAAAUGUGAUGUGCAUCCUUUAUUGUCACAACAUUAUUAUUAUUAUUCUGUUAAUGGAAAGUCGCACCGCGUCCUUAACCUGCUAUUGUGCCCCUUUUACUGGUUAUAGUGUACCUAUUGAUC